AUGAUUCUUGGCCCUGGUGGGCGCAUUUUCAUCAACCAUGGUCAUCCAGCGUAUCCGCAUCUCAUGGACUUUCUUACUGCCUGCUGUGAGCCAGUCUGCCGGACUCUGUACGUGAGUGAAUAUACCAUUUCACCUUCGUCCCUCUCGGCUGCCACUGCGGAAGGGACGUAUUCCAUGGAAAUGGUACGGAACGUCAUUCGUUACUUUCGGCUGGAUGAGCAGCAGCAAAUUCCAGUGGAUGUAGAGCGAUAUGCGGCAUUGGAGCGGAGGGUGCGCGACAGCGUUCAAGAUACUUCAUUGGAUUUGCCGAUGGAGGUGGGAGAAGCGAAAGUCAGCGCCAAUGGCGACGUGAAAGCGGAAGAGGGGUGCGAAGAAGCGACGGAUGAAUUGAGCCCGUUGGCGGGGCAGGUGAAAAAGGAAGAGACGAAGGAAGUUGCGGCGGAGCCUCGGCGUCGGUUCCUCUCACUUAGUAAAAGAAUUUCGGCAAAAUCAGAGCCUUUAGUGACUCGGGCAGUGGUUAACACCGGCGCUCUCCAACCCCUUCCAGCCGAUCUCGAGCAGAUGUUGCGAGAAGAGGAGAACUCAUCGAGGGUUCGAAUUGUGUUGCAGCCUUGUCUGCGACCUGUUAAACGACGUGCUGUCGGUGGGGACAAACAGCACUCGGAUGAACAGCAAUGUCAGCGUGCAGAGGAAACCAAAUUAGCAUACUUUUUGACGAGUCCCGAUCGCAAUCACAUGGAGCAUCUGGUGAGUCGUCUUCAGGACUUUCUCGUUCCCGUACUUUUGCACGGUACACGCCGCUGGGUUGUAUCGGAUGUGGAUCGUGGAGUGGAGGAGAGAAGCACCGCUGAAAGUGGUCGGGCAAAGACACUUCGGAGGCUGUUCGAGGCACCAUCAUCGGCAUCGGGUCGGUCAGUUGCUUCUAAAUCUUUAACGAAUGAGGGAGCUAACGGUGACGGCCUUGGAGGUGGCGUGGGAAGGAGAUGUACUCGCAUUGUCUACAAGAGUCAGGUGAUGGACGGAAAGAUGCGUAAUGUGCGCGAACGACUUUACAAGGAGCUCAGUGUUCGCGCUGACUUGUUUUAUGAUUAUGUUCAGGAUCACUCGCUUCAUGUAUGUGACCUUGAGCUUUCCGAGAAUGUCCGACUGCGACCAUAUCAGGUUGCAUCGCUGGAACGCUUUAGAAGUGGUAACAAAGCUCACCAGGGUGUCAUUGUUUUGCCCUGUGGUGCUGGAAAAACCCUUACUGGCAUUGGUGCAGCAGCCACUGUUAAGAAGCGGACCAUAGUGAUGUGCAUUAACGUUAUGUCAGUUUUGCAGUGGCAGCGCGAGUUUAUUCGCUGGACGAACUUAUCAGAAGACCAGGUGACGGUGUGUAUAGCGGAUAAGAAGCAAAUGCCUGGCGAUGUUUUUAUAACGACGUAUAGUAUGCUUAUUGCGCGGCGUUCUAACGUUCCUGAGAUGGAACAGAGUGCGGAUGCCAAAUUGACCGCAAAGAUACUUGCCAGUGUUGGGGAGCAACCAUGGGGUUUACUUCUCUUGGAUGAAGUACACACGGCUCUCGCUCACAACUUUCAGGAGGUGCUUAACAAGGUGAAGUACAAAUGCGUAAUUGGGUUGAGUGCUACGCUGCUGCGAGAGGACGACAAAAUCGGCGACUUGCGCCAUCUUGUAGGGCCGAAGCUGUACGAAGCGAACUGGUUGGAUCUUACAAGGGCGGGUUUCCUUGCUCGAGUGGAGUGCGCAGAGAUUCAGUGCCCGCUGCCAAAGGCCUUUCUGACGGAGUACUUGGAGAGCCAGUCGGAUGGGGACCCUUUUGCUCGCCGUGGUACAACGCGGAUGGCGCACUCAGUGGUUUGUUUAAAUCCGUAUAAGUUAUGGUGCACCCAGGCGUUGCUAGAGUUCCAUCGUAACAGAUCGCCACCUGAUAAGGUCAUUAUUUUCUGUGACCAAAUAGAUGGAAUUCAGUACUACGCCCAGCACCUGCACGUACCGUUCAUGGAUGGCAAGACGAGUGACAUGGAGCGGGAAAAUCUUCUUCAGUACUUUCAGCACUCCGACAACAUAAACGCCAUCAUCCUCUCCCGUGUGGGUGAUGUUGCUCUCGAUAUCCCAUGUGCUUCUGUUGUCAUUCAAAUUUCAGGUCUGGGAGCUUCGCGGCGUCAGGAGGCACAAAGGCUAGGUCGGAUUCUGAGGCCAAAACCCGCUUCCUUGGAUAACGUCUGUUCAUACUUCUACACCCUUGUGUCGCAGGACACACACGAAAUUUCACAGAGUUAUGAGCGGCAGAGCUGGUUACGUGACCAGGGAUUUUCUUAUCGUGUACUGCAGUCGGACAUGGUCCUUCAGCACUUUUUGCGGACGGGUGGAAAACUUUGUUGUGUUGGGCCGCCGCGUUGGUGGUACGAGUGUGCGGGCCCGUCGUGUGAUAGUGCCGUUGCGGCAAAGGGGACUUACUGGAUACCCUUUUCUCAGGAGGCUGCGCUUCGCAUGCAAAGCCGAUUUGUUGCUGGUGUGAGGGGAUGCGAUUUGACAGCUACCGUACUUCGUGACACGCCGCGGCCGCCGGAGCUGAAAAACAUGGGUGUGGAAGAGAAGUGGACCGUAUGCUUCAGUGAUUCUUGUGCUCCGGAAACAUUCGGUACAGUUCAGUUGGUGGAGGGCAAUCCGCUGCUGGUGCGCCGUAUCUGUUGUGGACCGCUUGCUGUCGAGCAUGAUUGCCUUCACGGGGGAGAGGAGUGUCUGCAGUACGCCGUGCAGCAGAUGAAGGUUAUGGUGGCGAAGAAUUCUAAAAACCGAAUUCCGCUGACUACCUAG